GUUUGUAAUCCCAAUCGCGCCUUAUUAGAAAAACAGCGUCAGCCUGCCCCCUCGUUAUUUUACCCGGAAUUCCGAUUAGCUUUUUCCUUUGUGAUCUCGCCCAGCAGCAGCUUAGAGGCUGACACCUGUUCUCUGUGAAUAAUCAUCCCCUUUCCCUCGUUCUUUUCCAUUCAUCCUCUCACAUCGAGUUGGUCUCUGGACUCAUCUAUACACUUAUCAGACACUCUCACUCACUCACUCAUACACACCGCGCUCAGACACGAUGGCGUCCGAUCAUCCAAGUGCAAAAGCACCCGCAAAGACUAUGCUCAAUUUGGGCAACUUGCCUCCUAAGAUGAAGCCUCAGGACAUGAAGUUGACCCAGAACCAAUACCCUCGAACACCAUCGCGAGUCAACCCUAACCAACCGCCUUGGCCAGCUUACCGUGGAUACCACGAGUACUCUUUCGCUCAUGCCACCAUGGGUGUCAGACUCCCUACCAUUCUCGGCAAAGCCAUCGACGAUGUCUGGAAGACGCUCAACCAGGAGUACGAUGAAGAUAAGAUUACCGACUUGAUCGACUGUGUUCACCGAAUGGAAGACCUCAUGGGCGACUUGCAAGGCAACAGCAAGCUCAGAUUCAUCGUCGACGACGGCGCCGGUGAUGUCCCUCUGUGGAACAAGGAAAUCGCCAAGUUCUUCCGAGGCAAAGACUUCAUGAACGCCCCAUGGCUCUUUGCCGAGGCUUACAAGUACCGAAGACUCAGGGAAUGCUUCUCUCUCAGUCGUUACUGGGUCGACUACGACGUCUUUUUCCGACAAAAGUGUGACACUUUCUCUCGAUCUUCCCAAGCUGUGUUUGAGCUCUCUACGCGAUUCUCCGAGCCCCAGGUGCUUGGACCCAACCUCACCGAGGCUGAGAUCAAGGAGAAGAACAAGCUCAUCUUCCUCGAAUUGACUCAAGUCUGUCUCUGGGGUAACUCGACCGACUUGUCUCUCUUGAUCGACAUGACUGAGGAGGAUAUCAAGAAGCUUCAGUCCACUGGUGGAGACCACCUCGCUGCGACUGAGAAAAACAUUCUCGGAAACGACUUGCACAAGCUUGCCGACUACGUCAGCACGAUAAAAAAUGGCCGAAUCGACUUUGUCCUUGAUAAUGCUGGAUUCGAGCUGUAUUGCGACUUGGUCUACGCCGACUGGUUGAUUCAGUCCGGAACCUGCUCUCAGGUCAUCUUCCACGGAAAGAAGCUCCCAUGGUUCGUCAGUGAUGUCACCAAGAAGGACUGGGAAUGGCUCCUCAACUCCUGUACCUAUGGUCAGCUCUUCGGAGACGCCAAGGAUGAAGAGAUGGAGUCCUUGAGAACCCUUGGACGAAGGUGGAAGCAGUACGAGAAGGAGGGCAAGUGGAAGUACGAGGCUCAUCCCUUCUGGUGCACUGGAUACACCUUCUGGGACCUCCACUCUGAAGCACCCGAUCUCUUCCAAUACCUCUCUGAAUCCAAUUUGGUCAUCUUCAAGGGAGAUUUGAACCACCGAAAAUUGACUUACGACUGUCACGCCCCUCUCACCACGCCAUUCCCCAUGGCCAUUGGACCUCUUGCUUCAGAGCCCGGAGCGCCACCUAUCUGCUCCUUGAGAACGAUCAAAUCGGAUGUCGUGGUUGGUAUCCCAUCUGGAGUUGGAGAACGACUCGACGAGGAAGAGCCAGGUUGGAAGAUUUCCGGAAAAUACGCCGUUGUCCUCUUGUCUCCUGGACGAUCGGGUGAACAACCAGUAUACAAGUCUUCCUAGAUCCGCUACCUUGGGACAUUUUCUAUCUGCUUACAUAUGAGUGUUGACGAGAAGAAAAAAGAAAGAAGAUCCCAGAAAGAAGAAGAACGCGAAGAACUACCAUGUUUUUGAGAACGUCUCAUCUCCCAAAAGCCCACCUCUCCUUACCACCAUCCACCCCACAUAGACGAGUGUCAUGCCUUCUCUCUGUCGCCGUCUCCAGCCGCCCUUCACCCCGCUUGUUUAUGAGAAUUCUGCUACCCUACAGGUUUUAUUAGACCCCAUGCAUUGUUCUGUCUCUUGGGAAGA